AUGAGAUGCAAUAAAACACUGAUCAAAACGACGUCGAAGAUAGCAGCCCUCGCAAGAAUGGGUCACAUAAAACACGCACGCCAACUGUUCGACGAAAUGCCUCACAGAGACUCCAUUGCUUGGAACGCAAUGCUCACCAACUAUACCCAUCUGGGUCUUCACCACCAAGCUCUCUCUUUUCUUCGCCGCAUGAGAAUCUCCAAUGCCACCCCUGAUCACUUCACCUUCACCGCCGUGUUAAGAGCCUGCGCCGCGGCAAGUAGCCUUAAAUGUGGAGCCACUUUGCAUGGUUUAGUCACUGUUUUGGGUUACCAGUCUUACUUGCCGGUUAACAAUGCGCUUGUUGAUAUGUAUGGGAAAUGCUUGGACCCUUGUAGUGCUAAUAGAGUGUUUGAGGAGAUGAGACUUAGGAAUGAAGUAACUUGGUGUUCUUUGUUGUUUGCAUACACAAACUCGGGACUGUUUGACGCGGCUCGUGAGGUGUUUUGUGUAAUGCCUAGGAGGGUGGAGAUAGCUUGGAAUGUUAUGAUUGUGGGUUACGCGCGAAAUGGGGAAGUGGAGUUGUGUUUGGGAUUGUUGAGAGAGAUGAGAGAGAGUUUAUGCCGGCCAGAUCAGUGGACUUUCAGUGCUGUUACGAGUGCUUGCGCGGAGACAUUGGAAUUUCGGUGUGGUUGCAUGCUGCAUGCUGUCAUCAUUAAAAGUGGUUGGAGCUCUUCUGUGGAGGUGAAGAACUCGGUUUUGAGUUUUUAUGCUGAAUUAGGUUGCCUUGACGAUGCGGUUAAGGUGUUUGAGUCCGGUAAUAUGCUGACACAGGUGUCCUGGAAUGCGAUGAUUGAUGCCUACAUGAAACUGGGAAAUACUCAUGAAGCACUUCGUGUAUUUCAGCUAUCCGGUGAACAAAAUAUUGUCUCAUGGACGUCUAUGAUCUCAGGGUAUGCAAGAAAUGGACAUGGUGAAGAAGCUGCAAUCUUCUUUGUUGAUAUGUUGAGGACUGGACUCAAACCAGAUGAUUUCAGUUUUGCUGCUGUCCUUCAUGCAUGUUCGAACUUGGCAUUACUUGGACGCGGGGAAAUGUUCCAUGCCUGCAUAAUUCACUAUGGUUUCCAUACAUAUGCGUUUAUUGGGAAUGGCCUGGUUAACAUGUAUGCUAAAUGCGGGGAUUUGAAAGGGUCCAUCCGUGCAUUCCAUGAAAUAUUGCACAAGGAUUUGGUAUCUUGGAAUGCGAUGUUGUUUGCAUUUGUAUUACAUGGAAAAGCUAUCCAAUCUCUACAAGUUUUUGAACAGAUGGUGGUGACUGGGUUCAAACCAGAUAAUGUUACCUUUAUCGGCUUGUUGAUGGCUUGCAGCCAUUCUGGAUUGAUCGGGGAAAGUCGUGCAAUUUUUGAAUCGAUGCAGACAAUUUAUGGGCUCUCUCCUGAAAAAGAUCAUGUGGCAUGCAUGGUGGAUAUGCUUGGAAGAGGUGGUUACUUAGCUGAAGCGAAGAAAUUGGCUGAUAAGUAUUGUUCAGUAUAUAGUGCUAAGACCAGCUCGUGUGAAGCUCUGCUUGGAGCAUGUUCUGUGCAUGGGGAGUUGGGAUUUGGAAAAUAUUUUGGGGAAUCUCUGAAAAUAACAGAACCACAUAAUGAGACGAGCUAUGUGUUAUUGUCAAAUUUGUAUUGUGCAAGUGGGCAAUGGAAGGAAGCUGAAAUGGUUAGGAAGAGAAUGGCAGAUCAAGGGGUGAAGAAAAUGCCUGGUUGUAGUUGGAUUGAGGUGAGAAACGAGGUACUGUGUUUUGUUGCAGGGAAGAAUUCUAAUCCAUUUAUGGACGAGGUGUACAUUACACUACAGUACAUAAAUUUUGAAAUUAGGAAUCCGUACUUUGUUGAUGUUAGUGGUUGA